AUGCUAACAGCUGCCCUUUUCAUCCUCUCGGUCGCAGGGCUGGGUCUCUCGCAGGCGCCAGAAGGCUAUCGCACUGUCUAUAUCACCUCGAUGGUAGACACCAAAUAUGUUGUCGUCCCAGCUGCCCCAUCACCUCCAAAGAGUGGCAAUACCGUUGUUGUGCAAACACUCAACAACAAACCAGAACAACAGUGGUAUCUCAAGGCUGAUGCAAGCAAGAUUCAACUGGCUGCCACGCAAUUGUGCCUUGAUGCAGGAGAAAAGAGUAACUGGAAGGACAUGGGAAAGAUUUGGUUGAAAGAUUGUUCCGAUACUGUUGAAGGCCAGCAGUGGAAUGUCAUGGCCGAUGGACGAAUUGCCCUAGUCAAGUCGAGCCCUCAGCAAUGUAUUGACCUCCAGUAUAUGAGAGCUACCCCUAACAAUCCUGUUGGGCUGUAUGCUUGCGCAGGACUUGGAAAUACUGGAGCAAAGGAUAAGGGUAUUAAUUGGCCACUUGUAAAUGCUACUACAGUCUAA